UUUCACCACAUCUUCUUUAUUUGGUUGCUUUUUUUUUUCACAAUUAAUUAUUUUGAAUCUGUCCAGCCUUACAACUAUUUGAAAAUUUGUCAAAAAUGGGAUUACUGGGAUAAUUGGGAUAACCAUAAAGUUGUCGUCAUAGCUGAUCCUCAAAUUGUUGAUGACCAUACUUAUCCUGAUAGGCCGUAUCUUCUUCAAUAUAUCACCAGAAUUAUUUCUGACAAUUAUAUGAGAAAAAAUUUCAAAUUGUUAAAUCAAGUUUUGCAGCCUGAUUCUCUUAUAUUUCUAGGUGACUUAUUCGAUGGAGGUAGAGAGUGGUUUAAUGAUGAAAAAUGGUUUCAAGAAUAUACAAGAUACAAUUCAAUUUUUUCAAAAAAAUACAUUGAAAGAAGUGCCAACAUUUAUCAAAACUUGCCUGGAAAUCAUGAUAUUGGCUGGGACACAACAAUGAAUAAAACUCUUAAUGAUCGUUUUCAAGUUUUUUUUGGUGAAUCAAAUUCUUUAAAUCUCAUAGGAAAUCAUUCCAUAAUCACAUUAGAUACCAUUUCUUUAUCAAAUCAACAGUCGCAAUCAGGCCUCAACAACAAUUCUCUUGAGUUUAUAAAUCAUUACUUGCCUUCAAAUCCUUAUUUUAAUAACAAUAAUUAUCCAAAUAUUUUGCUAACCCAUGUUCCAUUUUUCAGAGAUCCCAAUAAAUUAAAGUGCAAUGGUCCAAGAGAAAGCAAAAACCCAUUUCCUUUGGUCAAUGGCAUUGAUUUUCAAACCGUUUUAUCCUACGAGCUAUCUAAUCAAUUGUUAAAUCAAAUCAAACCCGAUCUCAUUCUCUCUGGCGAUGACCACGAUUAUUGUGAAAUUACCCAUACAAAUCCAAUCAGUGGAAAAAAGACAAAGGAAAUAACUGUUAAAUCCUUUUCUAUGAACAUGGGUAUUAAAUAUCCCGCUUUCCAAAUGUUAUCACUUUCAAAUGAUCUUGCUCAAGUUGAUUACCCGAGAGCCCAUCAAAGAGAGACUUUUCAAUCAAAUAUAUGUCUAAUGGACCCCCCUUAUACAAUGCUUUUUUCCUACAUAACUAUAUUUCUUAGUUCAAUCAUCUAUAUAUUUCUAAUCUCUUUUUUUCCAGCCAUCUUCAGU